UUCGGGGGGUAUCUUUUAUCAUCCCUUGUAAAACAAUAGUGUGGACAGUCACAGUCUUGAGCCAAAAAGGAAAAUAUGUUUGAGAAGUAGAUACAAAGAAUAACUCGCUGACAUCCAGUGUUGUAAAGGAUUUUUUCUGCUUAAACGAACUUAAGUUACUAUGGACCCCCGCCAAAAUGCUCAAGAUGUGAUCAGAUGUGACCUUUGUGAGGCAUCUAUAGUACAGAUGUACUGUGAUUUCUGUCAUGUCAACCUUUGUAAACCCUGUAUUGGAGAACACAUUGCUGAUGACUAUAGCAGACACCAAAUUGUCCCAUUCCAGCAAAGAAAAUCAACCUUAAUUUAUCCAAAAUGUGCAACACAUACAACCAAACCCUGUGAUUUACAAUGCAAGGAAUGUGACAUUCCUGUUUGUUCCUAUUGCUCAGCAUCAAAACAACAUGAAGGACAUAAAUUUUUAAUCCUUGAGGAAGUUUACAACUCAAAGAAAAAUGAAAUUGCAAAAGUUACAGAGAAAUUACAAGACAUUAUUUCCCCUACAUAUGAAGAAAUUGCCACUGAUAUAGAAACACAGAUAGCUAACUUAGACGGAGAAUAUGAGAAACUUACAACAGCAGUGACAGAACAUGGAAAACAAUGGCACAGAGAAAUUGACAAUGCCAUCAAUGUCAUGAAAAAAGACAUUGAAGAUUUUAAAGCAAAACACCUUGACAUAUUGAAGAAACAUGCAAAGGAAAUCAAACAAUUAAAAUCUCUUUUUGAAGAAAUUCUGCUCAACUUGAAGAAGAUUCAAGAAUCCAAUGAAGUAUCUAUGAUCAUAAAAUACAGCUCCAAAAACAACGAAUUCAGUAAACUUCCUCCUAAAAUUCAAGUAUCCCUUCCCAUUUUUAAUCCACAGCCAAUAGAUAGAGAACAGCUUUAUAAGUUAAUUGGAAUUCUUUCACCAUUAUCUACCACAACAGAAGAAAAUGGCUACAUACUGCAGACUCCAAGGACAUCAACCAGAGAACUGCUGGGAGAACCAGAACUUAUCACUACUAUAGAUACCGGGUAUGAAAAACUCCGCAGUGUUACUUGUCUCAGUGAAGAAGAAAUCUGGACAAGAGGAUUUAAAGUCAGUGAUAUGAAAUGCUUUAACAUACAAGGUUCACUUAUCAAGUCAAUCAAAACAAAAUCAGGGGAAUGGCCAUGUGAUGUAGUAUUGACAAGUGAUGGAAAUCUGGUGUAUUCUGACUGGAAAACAAGGACUGUGAAUAAAGUGAAGAAUGGGCAGACAAAGGAGAUGUUCAGACUACAGGGCUGGACACCUAUACAACUCUGUGUUAGCUUCUCUGGUGACUUUCUGGUUACCAUGUACAAUGUUAAUCAAACACAAUCCAAAAUUGUCUGUUACUCUGGCUCCGUAGAGAAACAAACAAUCCAAUUUGAUGAGGAAGGUAAACCUCUGUAUUCAGGAAAUAACUCUAUCAAGUAUAUUAGUGAGAACAGAAACCUGGAUAUCUGUGUGGCUGACUUUGAAGCUGGUGCUGUAGUGGUCGUCAAUCAAGCUGGUAAACUCCGAUUUAGAUACACUGGUCAUCCUUCUACCACAAAGAACGAACCAUUUAAACCCUAUGGUAUCACAACAGACAGCCAGAGUCAGAUCCUGACAACAGACAGUGAUAACCACUGUAUCCACAUUCUAGACCAGGACGGACAGUUCCUCCAUUAUAUAGAUAACUGUGAUCUGAAGGAUCCAUAUGGUAUGUGUUUGGACAAAAGUAACAAUCUGUUUGUUCUUGAGUAUGGAGGAAAAAUUAAGAAAAUUAAAUAUUUUAAAUAGAGGCAUGUAUGUUAGUAGCAUGUAGAAACUAUUGUACCCAUUUACUGUGCUUAAUAAUAUUUGUUAAUUGAAAUAACAUUUUGGUGACGUCAAGGUUUUGAGGAUUAUGAAAAUAUGGGUUUGUGUUGAUUUGGUUUUGGGGAUAAAGAAAUGUUGAGUAGUUAAUAUAACGAAUUUUACAUUUCCUACUGGAUAUAAAUGCAUUGAUUUCAUUGUAACUACUGAACUUCCUUUGGUUGAACUUUGGUCCAGUGGUUGACAAUGUGAAAGUUUACAGAAAGACAGAUAGACAGUUGGUGCUUGGGAAAGUACACUAGAGUUUUUAUAUGAUAUAACCUAAAAAAUAAGUAACAAAUUUAAUUAAAGCAAAGCACUAUUAUGUGAUUUAUUAAUGGUUGUAUAGCCAAUUUCCAUUUAAAACAUGUUACAAAGAUAAAAAUUAUAUAUAUCAUAUGAAUAGAAUUGAAACAUUCUUCACCGGUGAAUGAUAUAGAAAUAUGAUCUUCCUGAAUUAAGACAUACUUAAAUUGUAACAUCAUAAAAUUCGUGUAUAUUCACAAUGUAAAGAUAAUAUAUACAGGUACAU